AUGGAUGAGCAACUGGUUCCUUUCAGAGGUCGCUGUCCUUUCCGGCACUAUAUGCCCAGCAAGCCAGCAAAGUAUGGCAUCAAGAUACGAGUGCCCUGUGACGCACAAUCCAGCUACGCUUGGAAGAUGCAAGUCUACACAGGGAAGCCGACCAGUGGAUGCCCGGAGAAGAACCAGGGGAUGCGGGUUGUGCUUGAUGUGACAGAUGGACUGAAGGGGCACAAUUCUGAGCUCCCCCCUGCACUCCUCCCAACAACAGGGAGAGAGGCCUUCUCAUCAAAGUUUGCCUUCACACCCACCACCAUUCUAGUUUCUUACCUCCCAAAGAGGAACAAGAAUGUGGUCUUCCUGAGCACACUGCACAAAAUGCCUGAGAUCAGUGAACGUGAGGACAGGAAGCCAGCUAUCAUCCUGGACUACAACCACAACAAAGGAGGCAUGGACAACCUGGACACGGUAUGGCAGACGCUUUGGGGUGGCAAGUAG